GGAACUGGGGUAGGCUAUAGAGCAGGAGCAGGGGGACUACAUGUGUCGGCACUUCAUAAUAACCAUAUAAGGAUUUGAACAUGGUCUUUUCGACUGUACCUUCCGACGAUCACCGUUAACCUGCUGAUAAAAGCUAGUAUGGCGUGACAAGUGCAGACUGAUGGUGACACAUGCACGCUACAAAUCCUCCAUAAUCCCCAUCUGUCUGUUUGUAGCCAGUGUGGGUGUGAUGUUACGUUGCAACUACUGGAUCAUUGUAGGAGAAGUCUACUGCGUUGAAUGAUAUGACCACUGGAGAUAUAUUGAUGACCCAUUUCAACUACAGCAUGUGUGCUAGGGUAUAGAUAACACAACAAGGCACGUACCAGUCUGUCAGUCUACAACUGUUAUCUGCAUGAGUUAGUAUCAAACAUCCCAAAGUUGCAUUUCACUCUCACCUGUUUUACAAAAUAGCCUUCUGUCCAUGUACUCUUUAAAUGUGUGUGUAGGGUCCCUGUGCACACUGUGUGGAUGUGUGUAGAAACAGUGGUGCAGCAAUCCUGCUGUUAGAUCAAAAAGCCUAAACAUGGUGAGGCUGGAGCUAGAUCAGGUGGUGAUGAGGAGGAUGAAGGAGGACGACAUAGAGAUGGUCAAAGCCCUCAUUAAGGAGGGCUGCGAGGGCACAGAAAACCGUCUCAUCCUCCACAUCCUCACUCGUCCUCUCUGCCUCUUCAUCCUGGCUGUUUUCUCCUCAAUCCUGCGCUGCCUUGUCCAUUCCUUUAUCCUGGCCCUUGCUAUUCCUGUCUUCCUGCUAAUUAUCUUUCUCAAGCUCACCAUGCCGCGGUCUACAGGGGUUCUGGGCAGCAGCCGCCCCUACUGGGACUAUGUGGGUAGCAGCUACAGAGGGACACAGGAUCAGACACUGCUGAAUCCAUACUGUAGGAUCAGUGGCAAGACGCCAGUGACUAAAAAGCCAAGGCGCAGAAUCACACCCAAAGACAAGGACAAAGAACCGUCAACAGAGAACGUCACCCCAGAGAGGGAGCAGGAAGCAGGGCAGGUCUGGGUGGCAGACUGCGAUGGUGAGAUCCUCGGCUGCAUCUUCAGGGAAAGCGAGAAGCACGCGGACAUCAGGAGGAUCUGCAGGUUGGUGACGGGCUCCUGGUACCGCAGGGAGGGUCUGGGCCGGCUGCUUGUCCAGAGUCUGGAGCACAGAGAGACGGAGGCUGGCGCACACAGAGUGUUCACACACGUCCCCUACCCAUCUAAGCUGGGGGAGACUUUCUUCAGGAAGCUGGGCUAUCGUCAAAUAGGGGAGGGGACUGAUGAAGAAGAAGAAGAUGAUGAGGAGAGGAAGCUGGAGAGUCCUGAGAGAGGCUUACUAGGAUACCCCCUCACUAAAGUGUUUUUCAAAGACAUGUGAGUGUAGUAGCGAUGGACUAAUGGAGAGAAGAAAGUGGCCAUAACAUAAGCGCAGACUAUGGAUCUCUGCGGAGGUUUGCAUUGCUUUGUCGAAGUUCAUAAUUUAUUGAAUAUUUGUGUUAUUUAAUGCCGGUAUUUAUUUAUUUACUGCAUGUGUUGCUGUUAUGUUAGUUUUAAGUAUAUUGUUUACCUUUUGAUCAUAUAAAGUAGCAUCUCUCCAUUCUCAUAAAACAUUAUUAUUUAAUAAUUCAAAAAUGACAUCAUGCUGUUCUGUCAUCAUUUAUAUUGAAAUAAAAAAAUAUUUAUGUAAAAUGUGUGUUU